CUGGAUAACUACUUUGCUAGGUAUUCUACAGUUCUACAAUCUUCUGAAUCAAUUCGACCAUUCUUCAAGAUGGGAUAUACUCUUUUGCAAACUAAUCACUCUCGGCCGCCGUAAUAAUACGAGCCCACGCGAUCGCCAACCGAAAUUCAGCUACCGCAGCACGCCAGGACGCCCGGUCCUCAUUGCCAAAGCGAGGCAUAUUACCCUCCUGACACUGACACUCGCCGUAUACCUCCGACAUACUCAUUAGCCCUCCAUAUUCAACCAUGAUUGUCCGGCGUCCCUUAACUUUCCCGACCGUCCUCCGUUGGGUCAACGCCAACGCAGUGCGGCAGCCUCGACUGACACGAAGGAACCUGUCUACGCCUCCGAAUCCCCCGCGAGCCCCAAAAGAUUCUCAAUUCCGUCUACAUCGCUUCAAUGACCGACUACCUCGAUUCCUUCGCACAUAUACAACACCGCUGUUAGGAGCUCCGGUCACUCAUGUCACCUCCUUCCUGGUCUUGCACGAAAUCACCGCGAUACUACCACUGUUUGGGCUGGUCGCUGCGUUCCACUACGGCGCAUGGAUGCCGGAUCUCAGCUCGGAUUCUGAGUCGGGGAAAAGUAACGCCUUUGAUGAGGGAGCGAAGCGGUUCGGACGCUGGCUAAGGAAGAAGGGCUGGGUGGAGGAAUCCGAUGUCAGUGCCGUUGCGGAACAUGAGGUUACAGGAGCUGCGCACGGCGCGCAAAAGGAACAAGCGGGAGUUCGACUGGUGUUAGAGUUUGCGACGGCGUAUGCAAUUACAAAAGCUCUGCUACCCCUUCGCAUAGCAGCUAGCGUGUGGGCUACGCCGUGGUUUGCAAGGACGAUUCUCACGCCGACCACGAAUGCCGCUAGAAGGCUGUUCCGUAAGAGAUAG